ACGUUUCAAUGGGAUGUCGGUGAACUUGUACUUAUGACGGUCUCAUGAGACGCUGCCCUGUUGAUCUUGUAGUUCCGAGAAACGACCCCCAUAAUGCCUGUGUGUGUACUUACUUUGAUUUUUUUUCCUUUUCCAUUUGCUUACUUCACGACACAGUAUAUAUAUUAAAACGUGCGCACGUGCACAAAAAUUUACUGUUCCUUUGCUUCGCCUAGACUUCGAGUCUCCACAGUCGACAAGUUGGUUAAUUUAGCUGUAUUUCAAAAUGGGUAGGAAAAAGGACAGAUCGGAGCUGGGCAAAAAUAGAGGACCCGGUCGUAAAGCCCGUAAACAGGAGGAACCCUCUUUGCCACGCCAUUUGACGAAAUCAUCUGAAGCGGGUCAAUCUAAGUCAUCCAGCAGGCGUGCAAGGAUAAGAGCAGCAAAGAAAGCAGAUAAACAGAGUGGUUUGAAGAGACUGGCUCAGGGACCUAAGAGGGCGCCAUUGGUCGAGAUAGAGGAAUCUAACAGCGAAGAUGACUUCGAUGAUGACAUGAGCGACGUGGAAGAAGACCAAGACCUCCAGAUGAAGUCCGAGAAGAAUCCCGGGACCAAAGGAAAGAAGUCGAUAAAGCAGCAAGUUGAAGAGGAGGAUGAUGAAGAUGAUGACUACGAGGACGAUGAGGAAAGUGAAGAGGAAGAAAUAGUGAGCAAGACGAGCUCUAAACAACUGAAAGGGAGGACUAGCAGUAAAUCAAGUAAUGCUCCUCAGAAAAACUUGAAGAAAGCUAAGCAGCAGUCAGAAGAGGAGGAAGAUAGUGAUGAUGACUUUGAUGAAGAUGACGAUGAGGAAGAUGACGAUGAGGAAGAUGACGAUGAAGAGGAUGAUGAGGAGAUGGAGCUUAGCAUGGCCGACAAGAAAGGAGGAGCAAAGAAAGGUUUCACUGACCAGAACCAAGCUUGGCUCACACCAACGAGGAAGUCCAAACUUGCCUUGGGGUCAUCAGAUGAAGACGACGAGGAUGACGACGACGAGGACGAUGAAUAUGAGGAUGGAGAUGAUGAGGAAGGAGACAGCGAGGAGGAGGAUGAUGAUGAGUUGCUUGAUGAUGAUUUUGGUGGUGCCGAUUCAGAUGACAGUGAUGAUGAUGACGAUGAUGAAGGCGACGAUGACGAGGGGGACAUGCUUCCUAUAGAGAAGGCAUCUAAGAAACUGGACAAGAAGAUCAAACGAGACAAGAAACUUGCAGAGGAUGAGUUGCAGAUCAGCAUCUCGCAGACGGAAACGUUUCAGCUUCCAAGCGGUGAAGAGAUUGAGAAAGAAGCGUCCGAGCCCACUGAUCUGAGCAUGGUCCAUCAGAGGAUCAAGGAGGUCAUGGAGGUACUCGGUGACUUCAAGAACAGGAGAGAAGAGGACAGAUCUCGCCAGGAGUAUGUGACCAUGCUACGACAGGACCUUAUGACCUACUACAGCUACAAUGAAUUCCUCAUCACGAAGAUCAUGGACCUCUUUCCUCUUUCAGAGCUGAUAGAGUUCCUCGAGGCCAAUGAGGUAGCAAGACCUGUGACUAUCAGGACCAACUCACUCAAGACCAGGAGAAGGGACCUGGCCCAGGCUUUGAUCAACCGAGGAGUCAAUCUAGAUCCAGUCGGUAAAUGGACAAAAGUUGGACUGGUUAUCUACGAUUCAGCUGUCCCUGUUGGUGCUACACCCGAGUACAUGGCUGGUCACUACGUCCUUCAAGGUGCGUCCAGUUUCCUACCGGUCAUGGCUCUCGCCCCUCACGAGGGUGAGAAGAUCCUGGACAUGUGCGCCUCACCGGGCAGCAAGACGACAUAUAUAGCUGCUCUGAUGAAGAACACAGGAAUGCUGUUUGCCAAUGAUGCUAAUAAGAAGAGGGUUAGCGCCCUCGUGGGUAACCUUCAUAGAUGUGGGAUCACUAAUACCGUCAUCUGCAACGAAGAUGGAAAGUCAUUCCCUAAGGUAAUGGGUGGCUUUGACCGAGUGCUGCUGGACGCUCCCUGCAGUGGUACAGGGGUCAUCGCCAAGGAUACAGCGGUCAAGCUGAGUAAGGAUGAGGGGGACAUCCAGCGGUGCUCUCACCUUCAGAAGGAGCUCAUCCUAGCAGCGAUUGAUUCUAUCGAUGCUAACUCUAAGACAGGAGGAUACCUCGUCUAUUCUACAUGCUCUAUCAUGGUUGAAGAGAAUGAAUGGGUGGUUGAUUAUGCCCUCAAGAAGCGUAACGUCAGACUGGUACCAACGGGAAUAGACUUUGGGCAGGAUGGAUUCUCAAGGUUCAAAGCCCGUCACUUCCAUCCGUCCCUGAAGCUGUCUAGACGUAUCUAUCCUCACACUCAUAACAUGGAUGGUUUCUACUUCGCUAAGCUCAAAAAACUAUCCAAUAAGAUCCCAGAUUCUGAGAAGAAAGAGUCUGAGCCAGCGAAUGAUGGGGACAACACAGAACCGGUAGAGAUAAAGGGAGAGGAGGAGCAAGUAACCAUGGAAACCCCUCCAAAAUCAGGCAAAGGAGGAAAGAAGAACCAGAUGAAAGGAUCACCCAAGAAACAGAAUGGAAAGAUGAAGGAUGGACAGAAGGGAAAGGUUGAUGAAGGGAAGGGACAAGGAGGGAAUGGAAAGGGAAAGAAGAGGACAAUGUCACCUGCAGUCCAAAAGAGGAAUAAGAAAAGGAAAGAUGGAAAAUCAGGUUCCUCCUCUGAUGUUGCCGAGUCCAAAGAAGAGGAGAGCCCCAAAGUGCCCAAAUCAUCAAAGGGGAAGAAAGGAGUAAAGCAAGGAAAAGAAAGUGAGAAGGAAGCGGUUAAGGUAACUGUUGAUAGUAAGGAAGAAGGAAAGAAGGAUCAGGGAGACAAGACGACAAAGAGCGGAUGGAAAGUCUCGGUCAUGAAGAAGAAAAAGAUGAACGUGACACCUAAAGGGGGUGCUCCGAGGCCUAAGAGCUUUGGUGGAAAGGGAGCAAGCAGCGCAGCCUUCAGGAAAGAGAAGAAAAAGAAGAGAAAUUCAGCUGGGUCUGCAGACUGAGAUUACUCUUUUUAAUCAUGAUCAUCAAGAAGCUGAUCAUUUCCUUCAAUAUCAGGGACUUUGCUAUCACACAAGACCCUCUCUGUAGGAGUCCAUCCAUGUAGACAGAGUUUUAUUUUCUAGCAAAUUGCUUGAUGCGAGUUAAUUUCUUCCAAGUACUAAGGAUCAUCUUGUUUGUUUAGAUCCAGAAGGAUGUCUGUUCUUUGUAGAAGCAUAUGAGUUGAUACCCAUCUGGAUCUCAGUAGACGAUGUGCGUUUUUUCAAGUUCCACAGAAUGUCAGCUUUUAAAAAACUAUAUGUGACAAAUUGUGGGAAUUUGUACAUUUUAUUAUGAUGAAACACUAAUGUUGUUUCUAAUGAGUUGAGUCCUAACUUUUUUAGAUUUUAUGUUGUAAAAAAACAUAUGUUGUACCACGAUGCUCAAAACAGUUUUCCUG